CAUAAACAUGAUGGUGGCAAACAUCUUGCUUCACCGUGUUAGGCCUUUUGUUGCCCCAAAGCUGCCUAGCACAGCAGUUCCGUGCCGCACGCGAGUCUUGGUGGUUAACUGCUUUCACAAGCAAGCUAGGUUGUCUAUUGAACCAAAUGAGCAAGGUCCAAAGGAAGCUCUUAUGUCAAACCUUCCACUUGCAAUUUCCGUCGCUCUCGGCGCGAUAGGCCUGACGGCACAGCGCGCCAAUGCUGAUGAAGUGAUAUCUCAGAACAUUCCAACACUUUCUCCGGAAGAUGUGGAAAUCCUGGCGGCCAACAGUGCUGGAAGCGGCAUCGACCAAGCUUUUGUGUCGCUGCUUUUUGGCGUGGUGGUUCUCCUGCUGGUGGUCGUAACGGGAGGAGUUGCCUACAUGAACAUCAGUCAGUGGCUGGACAACCGGCAGGAGCAGGAGGACCGGGAGAAGGCAGUCCAGGAGAUCACCAGCACGGCAGCAGCCGGCGGCUCCAAAGCGGGUGGAGACGACGGCGAUGAAGUGAUUUCUCUGAAACGGGCCAGCCGCGUCAAGAAAGAGAAGGGCAAGGGCUUUGCGGCGCCGGAGUUUACCAGCCGGCGAUAGCUGAUUCUUCUUCUGCUGCUGCUGCUGCUGCUGCUGCUGCUGCGGGUGUUGCUGUUGCAGAUGGUGGUGUUGGUGACGAUGUUGUGGGCGUGGGGAUGCCUUGGAGAUGGCAUGGUGCGAAGCUGGGCAGGGCAGUUUUCCUAGUGGCGGUUUGUGGUGGGGUGUAGGUACGCGUGUAUGUAUAGGGUACUGUGUGUACUAGGGCCCGAACCCCCGACAAGUCCGGGGUUUUUGGUAGGGCCCCUCAUGCCACUGCGGUCGGCGCUGGCAGUGAGUGAUGGGAGGUAGGUAGAUAGCGAGGAUGGGUGCAGCUUGGAUCCCCUCUUCCUGCCAAGUGUGUACAUGCAAAGUAUGAGGCUUGCAUGAGGCGAAUGUGAAGUAUGAGGGGCGGCGAAACCUCUUCAGACACAACGGUGUGUUCCCCUCCGCACGGGGAAUGCCCGCCAGCUGGCGUGACUUACACAGCAACCCACCUUCAUCCUGUUUGCAAAUGGCGAGUGAGUAAUUUUACACAUUUUUAAUGAUGAUGAUGAUG